UAUAGCAAAGCUGGAUUUCUACACUGAAACACAAACCCCUAGAGCUAGCGCUCCUAAACACAGUAUUUUGGAAAUGAUCCACACGUUUAACGUAUCUGUGAUGACAGGUCUUUUGAUAUUGCAGGACAGCCUGGAGCCACCUAUGUUCCCGAUGCAGAAGGGAUCCCUGAAUCUCCUGAGGCAGAAGUGGGAAUCCAGCGAUUACCAGAAAAGCGAGUGCUGUCCCAGGGGCAGCCGUUGCAGGUUUUUCCAGCCUCGAGAAACCAAAUUGCUUGAACCUGAAGGCGAGGAAGUGUCAGCACCUAGACCUCCAGAUCCAAGUCUGCCCCACAGUGUGGGGGAAGAAAUGUUGAGCUCAGAGCCUGAAGAGAAGGGUCCUGAGGACAAGAGUGACAUCUCCAGGGAAUAUGGCCGGCCUGAAGUGCUGAAGGGGGAUUCCUUGAGGGGUCAUCGCAGGAUUGAGCGCUUCUCCAUUGCCCUUGAUGAGCUCAGGAGUGUGUUUGAGGCUCCCAGGAGUGAAAACAGACCAGCUGGACCAGCUGAGUACAGCCAAAAGGAAGUGGAAAUUGAGAGAAGUUUGUGUUCACCAACAUUUAAAAGUCACCCUGGGAGCCAGUCCGAAGAUUCUGUGAAAGAUUCAGACAAGAAAGGCGAGGAAACAUCUUUUGACAAGAUGUCACCUGGAAGUGGUCACAGCCACAUCUUUGAAGGUUAG